AUGGCCUCGACCCCCGCCGCGCAUAGAUACCCUACACGGCGGCCCUCCUCUCUCUUGUCCCUCGACUCCCUUUCCUCCAACGUGUCGCUCCCAUACCUCCCUCCCUACGAGUCGACCGCGCGCCCCGCCAUCCCGCUCUACGCCCCGGCACAUCCCUUGCCCCACUCCCGUCCGCUCCCGACGCCCCCUCUCAACACCCCGCCGCUCCUCACCCAGCUCACCCAACUUGAGCUCUCCACAUCGAGCCCUUCGUCCUCCACGCGAUCGUCGGCCUCCAUCCCUUCCCCGUUCUCAGAGAGACGCUCAUCCUCUUCGUCUCUGCGCCCACUGCCCACUCCGCCCCGCCCGGGGUCGUCGGUACCACCGCACGGAAGGAAAAUACAGCCCAUCCGCACAGCGCUCAGCAUCGAAAUCGGACCUCCCUCACGCUCGUCUUCCCUACCGUAUGAGGACCCGACACCUUCCCCGCCGUCCCCAAUAUCACCCAUUACGCCGCACAAGCCCCUCGACAUCCGCCAUCACAACGUCGACAAACUCCGCCGCCACCUUGGAGAGCCCAUUCCCACAGAGCUCGUCUUCCGCACGAGCUUCGAUUCCGACACGCCCUCACACCCUGCCUUCGCAUCCGCGAACCAUCCCUCAGCCUGGAACACAGAACCCGACGAGUCCAUUGCCACGAAGCAUCGCAAGAACCCCGUCACAGCACUCUCGUGGGAGGACGAGUUGCGAAGGAACAUGCACGUGACGGGCCUCGUCGUCGAUGCAGGGAAUGAAGCCCUAAAAGGGAGAAGACGACCACCCAGCCGCUAUUGGAUGCGGGAAAAGAAGGGUAAGCGUUGGGUCGAGGAAGAUUACACGGACGUCUUGCGCACCCUGCGCAACCUUCGGUGAUCUAGACGAGAGGCCGUUGUCGAUGUGGGCUCGAGUUGUGUCUGGACUGUACUCUAACGUUCACUGCUUUCGGGUUUCCUCGUGUUGUAUGCCAUCAUGUGUUAUUUUAAUGCUCCCGCUCCUUGCACUGUAGUCUACCCACAUUUUUAUUCUUGUGAGGCGCGAGACGCGCUCUCACACUCUUCGAUCACUCACACGUAGUUGAGCUACGAAGAAUUAUCUUACAUACCUGCCAGCUGUCGGCUCUUGUACCAUUACACCCGUACUCGCCUACAAAUCUAGCACUUGUCCCACCU